AUGCGCACCUUUGUCUCUCCGCCAUUUUGAUUACCAUAUAGAGAAGGAGGUUGUGACCCGGUUUGUUCCCACACAGUCGCUCUGGUAAACUUUGGAGGAGGUUUACGCCAUGUUUGGUUGUUCCCACAAGAGUAGUAAACAGGUAGGAACAAUCUUCGUGGACCCGUCCUAGAGCGGGAGGACGGUAAGGCGACUCCCGCGACUGUUUACAAGGACAGCGGGGACCCAGGCGGAGGGAGGUAUUUGGAGUGUUUCGACCCUUUUGUUUGCUGGUGGAUUGUGGUAAACGAUUGCUUCAAGCCUCCGCGCUUGUGACCCAGGGUGGAGGAGUACUGACAUUCUUUCCGACGUUGGAACGUCAUCACCCACCAGUAUUGUUGGCUACAAUGUUACGUGCAGUUUCAGACCUGGGUAAUGGCACUUGCGAAUGAGAAAGACGUGGUCGCGUAUCUAGAUUACAUACGGGGAGACCCGAGGGAACGGCUGCUUACCAACGCGCUGAUCACUUGCAGUGAAGAGGUAGAUUUUAACUAUGAGACGCCACCAAAAAAGGGGACUUUUACUUCGUCGUGGAAGGACUCUGUCGCGGGAUGGGGUUCUGUACCACCGAACACUUUCUCAUUGCCAUACGGGAUCAGGAAAAGGAAGCCCCGUGUCAAAUUGGACCACAUCUCGGUGACGGAAAGCAGCGACUUUGAGGCAGAGCCUUCACCCAGAAGGGCUUCUAAGGUCCUCACAAAUGGCACUAAGAAAGGAUCCGAUCAGAACAGUGUGGAAAAGACUCGGGCAAGAACAGAAGAGAACCCUGACAACAAAACCAGCAGCCCGACAGGGAAACAAAAAGCCAAGAAGAAUUACUUGAAGGCGUACGCUAAAAAGGGCAAGAUUAGGAGGUUUAAAAUUCCCAUGGAGAAAGGGAGCAGGACUAAAAGGACGCUGAAGUUACAAGUGAAGGAUAUCACGGAGGAUAUGACGGAAACAAAGGCUGAAGAAAGGGAGGUGGAGUUACAGAAAUCUCGGCGUAUCCUAACUAAACCCAAACCUCAGCCCCAAAACUUAGACCCCACAGAAAGACUCACGAAACACCUCGUGGAACACAGGUUGCCGAACCUGGAAAAGCAACUGCAGCAGGACGUUAGGAUGUUAGAAUCUCUGCGGAGUAGAGCCGGGCAGAAGAAACCGAGGCUCGUCUCAGAGAGAUCUUUCGUGCCGAUGGAAACAGCACAAGUCGCUGUCCGGUACGACGAGGGAACUCCGGACAAGCCUGUCAGAACGUUCGCUGCCCUGAUUAGAAAACCUCCGGCAAUACAUCACGUAACGAACCCGAACAAAACAAAGACGUCAGCAUCGCCGGGAGACAACCCCCCUCCCCACAACACGGAUGUCAAGAGUAAAUCUUUGCCUGAGUCAACUCUCAAACCCCUUGAAAAAAUCACGCCAGCUUUGAGGCGAACCCAGGACGACAACGCUGCACUUUCCUGUAUCCGCUACACAGAUGAACUGGGGAACGUACACACAAUCCCAAGAACUCGAUCUCCGUCCUUUAUAACUGGAGAGGAAAUCGCCCUUGGUUUGGACGAGGAUAAAACCGCCGCUCUGUACAAGGAGGUUAGGGAUAAAGACAUCGCCGUAAGUCCUGGGGUUAUCAACGGUUCUACCGGGGUUACCAGUGUGGCCAAAUGGACGUUCAAAGAGUGCCCACCGUACAGCGAACUGAAGGCGAAGAAGGAGAAAGAGAAAUCCAAGUAUCUCAACAAAGCUAUCAAGGACAAGUCGAGCAUGGGGAACUCUGUGUAUCAGGUGAAGUCAGUCGGGGGAGGGUUUCGGACGAGGGGACACGCUGAAAGACCGCCUGACAUCGCGAGGAGAGCGGCUAUUGAGAACAUUCCUGUCCCGCCCAGGCGGAUGAUGCCCCCCGUGUCAGGCAGUAAGGUGACCGUGUUUGUACCCAUCAUAUCCAACAGGAUCUUGUGACGAUUCUAGAACUGUAAUAAUAGGCUUGGUAGGGAAAUAAUUUUUGCUACAGGCUCAUGCGUUUUUGGCAAACAACAUUGCAAAGUAGUAGUGGAGCGUAAACAGUAGUGUCAUUAGUGUAGGUGAUUUUGACAGAAAGAAAGUAAACGUACUAUUGUCUUUUUGUGGCAACUGUCAUAGAAUCCGCGCAGAAAAAAAGAACAUAUAAACAGUUGGUUUGUUCGUAUCGCUCACUUAAUUCCUCAUUUAUAUCGAGUCCCAAUUGCAAAACUACUGAAAAAAUCAAGUUCCGACCACAAACUAUUUACCGCUCUCUCGAAAGAAAGAAUGUGUCAAUAAUGUCUCCCUUUUCGCGUCCCGUGUUUGAAUAUGAGCUAGGCAACUAUUUGUGUACAGCAGCCUGGACUUGAUCUUUGUGAAAGGCUCCAUUAUUCAGGGGCAAAGUUUCCCUUAUGUGCGUGCUCAGGUGCUUAGGCAAGGCCCCGUGAUGUAUUUACACACUCCGUAAGGGGCCAAAAGGUCGAUCCGCCAGUCUCCGACGCUAUGUCCUGUUGAGCUGCUAAUUAAGAGUAUCCACACAGACCUGAACAUUUCCAAACGGUUAAUCUCUUGUCUGGGGCUGUCGGAGUGAGAGUUGGACAUGUAAAACGCAUUAGCCUGUACCGUUAGUCAACAGACUGGCAACAGAACCUUAGUGGUACAGCAGGAGUCAGGCAACUGUUUUGUCCACAAAACUGUAGACAUGCAACCAGCAACACAGUGUAACUGGGUAGACUUUGUGUGACUGUUAGUGGCGCUAGCUAGAAACAGGAGAAAAAUCUUCCUCCAAGAAAACUGUCAAGAUUCUUUUAUAUGACAUGCCGGUCCCUCUGCAUGGUUGCUGUCUAUAAAUUCAUAGCAUUAAGACUAGUUAGACUAUUUUCAAAGCAGAUAUAAGGCACAGCUAGGUGUUUUAUGGCAUGGCAUUAUGUACGCCUCUCUAGGCGAGCUGUCCAUGUUUUGUCUCUUCGUC